GAACAUCGUACUGGAUCAGCUGUACGAAUCGGUAUCAAACGGUACCGUCGAAGAAUGAAACAAUCCGCCAAAGCAUCGUGAGAGGAAUAACAAAAGAGUGUACGUGUCUUGGUCGAUAGACGAUGACCGACUGGCCGUCGUCGUGGUGGAGAUGACUACCAGGUUAGUGGCUCGUCCUGAAGACGACGACGACGACGACGAGGUCCACGAAAGGGCACGAGACUCGGCUGUGGGCUAUCACUGCCACUGAUAGGGCCGGCAUCCCAUCGCAGCUCACAUCGAUGCCGACUGCCACAUCUACGAAACGAGGAAAUUCAGCGCCGUCACUCCAUUUUCGAGCCCAGUCAGCACACGUUGGCCGACACAGUUCGGAAUGGGGAGUGUCGGCAGCAAUGUGACAGGGACGACGACGACAGAUCCAACGACGUUCCUGCCAGACGCAACUCCGACACUAAGCGAACGUGAACAAGUCAAAAUCGAAUUUUACAAAACGUACGAUGUCAUGACGGGGGUACGGAUCGCCGCGACCCUUGGUGGCUUUUUCAGCUUAAUGGUGUUGCUGGUAGUUUACAAGAGCAGAUGCAAAGCGAGUAAACAACUGGAAGAUCCAACUUUGACUGCGGCAGCAGCCGCGGCGGUCGCGGAAGCUGAAGCUGAGGAACGCGCCCUCGCCGCUGCUCUCGAAGCGAUCGCUAGGUUACCACCUAGACUGGGUCGUGGUCCGAGAAGAUCAUUAUGCGUCGAGAUGGAUCAGUCUCAUUCACCCGUGGUCGCACCUCGCUUCGCCUCAGUCGGUGGAUACGACUCCCUGCUGGCACCGCCAAUCAGGCAACCGAGGUUGGCUCCCCCGGUCGAUCACAGAAGAUGUAGCUCGGUCACCUGUAGCAGCACUGGAAGCAGUUAUCUGGAACGAAGGGGUUCAGCCAUGGUAAUGCCGUGCCUUCCACCUCCUACAUCCUACCCGCGUCACGCCGCCUACGAUGAGCCAUGGGAUUUAUAUUACCCUAUCGAUAUCCAGGUCAUACAGCCAACUCCGGAUUUAUCGCCAUGCGGAAGCGAAGUCGGUCUUUAUAACGAUGCAGUCGGCAAUCUUAUGGCAGCGUCGUCGGGCAAAAGAGCACCGUUGGCAUCGAUGGGUAGCGUGGAUCCCCCCGAUCCAGAUACCAAGUCGCUCGGUUCCGAUUCCGUCUUCCUGAAGAACGAGGACGAGGAACAGUGCGUCGACACUGAGGACGAGGUCUCGGGUUUUUCUACGGACUCGGAUGCGCCUGGGCCAAGUUGUCGGCGGUUCCUACGGGUGCCUUCUAGGAAAAAACGGAUCCCCGAGAAAUGGGACGGAUGCGCGGGCUGCGUGCCCAGGCGACGGGCUGGUAGUAAGCUCUGCCAAGAAUGUUUAACCAUCAGUGCCGCCGUCGAAACCUCCAGGUCGCAACCAGCCUCAACGACAACCAGUAGCAGUCAGAGUAGCGUGGGAUCUCCACCGUGUUCACCGCCGAUCGAACUGAGGCACAGACCACCACCAACGCCAUUACCAUCAAUCCCGCCAAUAUGGUCCCAAGAAACGCUCUUUUAGGAUACAUCUUUUGUAGUGAGCAUAUGUCCUUCGAUUUGGUUUUUAUCGAGAUACAAAACUAAAUCCAGAAUGUCGAUAUCUGAGGAAAUCAUUUGCUCAAAAGUUGAACAUUAUCUGACCUCUAAUCAUCUUGUACUUUUAGAAAAUAAUCUCUUUCUUUCUUGG